AGCAAAAAGUGGAUGAUUCAAAUUCAAAAUUUGUAAAGAUGAAAUUUUUAACGCCGUUAAGAAACGGCGUGUGACCGACGAGGGUCAUAUAAAAGGCGCGACUACACAACAAAGUACAGGACAAAACUCAAAGCAUAAACUCAAAAACUCAACACAACUCACCAACACACUAGCAUUAUUUCUUUCCAGAUCCAACUCAGAAUAGCAAUGGUAGUAGAAGAUACAGAUAUUUGUGUCAUCAAGGAGCCAGAUCGUGUCAUAGUCUAUUCAGAUGAUAUUCCCCAUGAUUCAGGCCAUGAAACUGGAAGUGAACAACACAAUAUUACGGAGUCUUAUGAACAAAUCAAUGAAACUACUGAACAUCAUAGUUCAGAGGAGAGCACAAAGGAAUAUGAGGUGAAGGAAUGUACAACAGAAGUUUCUGUUAAGGUCUCUGAUGUAUCUAACAUCAAAGACUGUGAUGAGAAGUUAACCUCAGAUUCGGAGGGUGUCCUCAGUGAGAAAAGUUUAAAAUCCCAUAAAACAAGGGGUAAUCACAAGCCACGAGAUACUGUGAAGCAUGGAUCAAGACCUCCUGUUGGAAACCUUCAGAGUAGGAGUACAGGUAGUGUCCAAAUCAAGCCCACAGUUCCACAACCAUUUUCCCUUGCAACUGAGAAGCGUGCUUCAGUUGGAACACGUGCUGCUUCUGAAGAAGAUAGCAAGGGAAAUAGUGAGAGAAAAUCUUUAAAUCUGAAAAAUGUGCUAUCUCCCAAUAUGUUUAAACAGAAUCAGUUGAGAUCUCCCGUAGUUUCAAGAAAGCCACUGCAACCUGAUAACAAGAAGCAUCCCGAUGAGGACGAUUCUUGUUCUGUUGCUUCAAUAACUGCAGCUUCUGUGCGGUCAAUCAAGUCCAGGGCAACUGUUGCUUCUGCUCCUGUCUUUCGGUCUACCGAGCGUGCAGAGAAAAGGAAGGAGUUUUAUUCAAAAUUAGAGGAAAAACACCAAGCAAUGGAAGCUGAGAAGAAUCAAAGUGAAGCAAGGACCAAGGAAGAGAUGGAGGAAGCUAUCAAGCAACUAAGGAAGAGUUUAAAUUUUAAAGCAAACCCUAUGCCGAGCUUUUACCAUGAGGGGCCUCCUCCUAAGGUUGAAUUGAAGAAGCUACCAGCCACACGAGCAAAAUCUCCAAAGCUGGGCAGGCGAAAGAGCAACAAUGGUGGAGCUAAUUUAUCUGAAGGGGACAAGGUGAAAGGAGCUGGUGUCAGGAGAAAGCAUCACAUACUGAAGACAGAGAACUAUGAUGACAAGAGUGAUGUGAAUGGCUUACGUGACCACAAAAACAAGACCAAGCAUAUUGAAGAAAUUAAUGUUACUGAAGUAACUGGACAAGCAGACUUGGAGAUUGGCAGCCAGUAAGAUUUUCAGUGAGUUUUUUUUCUCAUUUCUCUGAUUUAUAUGUAUCAAGGGACUGUGGUCUUGUUUCUUGCAACAACCAUGUUCACUUUGUUUUUCCUUUAACUUAUAAGCACUUGCUGCUGUGUCCAUUGUGUAAGUAGUGAAAAUGUUUAUUUGUAAUUUAUUUCUAAUUAUUUGUAAAAUGAAAUCCUGUUGCUCAUAAGAGCAAUUUCAGCAUUUGUUUGUCUGCCUGAAGUCCAGGAUCAGAUUGUUUGAAUUCAUCAUCAUUAAAAUAAUGCUGUUCCAUUAACA